UUGGUCUCACCAACAUGGCUCCCAUUGAGAGAUGGUAUAAGAAAUGGGAUUUGCUGGAGGAAGAUUCAGCCGAUUCAGAGAAGGAACGGAAGCUUCAGCGGACAGAAUUGGAGCAAGUCACAUAUUUGCCGCAAGAUAUCGUGGCAUCUUUAAAUCAGGAGAGAAAUCCUGAAAGGCACGAAGCCUUGCUAGCAUUGAACAGCUUCGUUGCGGAGCUUCACAAUCCGCCACGCACAACUCCUGCACGACAGCAGCAUUUACUGCGCUUCUUGUCUCAGUCCUUGCGAGGUUUGCAAGAAGGAGGUGAACUUGAAAGGAUUGUGUGGCAGGUGCAUGCAGUCUUGCACCACCCAGAAGUAUCUCAUCGAAAAUUGGAGGAGUGUGCAGGUGCAUGCGCUUUGCUGGCAGAAACAGCCCCUGUCGAUCCAAGAUUGACGUCAACAAUCUUGAGUUCAAGCCGGGAUCGGAUCCAUGAGUUCUCAGCAGCAUCGUUGGCUCGAACAUGUUGGUCAGCUGCUUCCCUGGUGAAAUCUUCCAACAAUUCCGAAGCUGCGCUUCUUUUGGAGAAAGGUUUGCGGUGUGCUGAAGGCAAGUUAGCAGACUUUGUGCCGGAGGAUGUGUCCCUUUUGGCGUGGGCUUGCGUGGCUCAGCCGGACAGAGCAAGCAAUUUCUUUGAAAAGCUGCAGGCUGUGGCACGCGCCGUCCCUGAGACGGACAAUGCUCCCCAGGCAGAUUGCGACAACGCACUUGAAGGACUUGAAGGUCUCAGCGCAGAUGCACGUGAUGCAAGUGUUGGCUGCGGGAUGCACUUGGAGCCAGAGGAUUUGAUGAGAUCUCCAAGGCCUAUGGCAUUUCCGCGAGACACUCAGUUCGUGCCGGUUGAUUAAAAAACUCCACGCUCGUUCAAAAAGAGUCCCC